AUUGUCCCCAAUGUCCCCAAUGUCACACUGACCCCUGGUUUGUCCCCUCAGGGUGACCCCCAGGUGACUCUGGCCAUUGUCCCCAAUGUCCCCAAUGUCCCCAAUGUCACCAAUGUCACACUGACCCCUGAUUUGUCCCCUCAGGGUGACCCCCAGGUGACUCUGGCCAUUGUCCCCAAUGUCCCCAAUGUCCCCAAUGUCCCCAGUGUCCCACUGACCCCUGAUUUGUCCCCUCUGUCCCCUCAGGGUGACCCCCAGGUGACUCUGGCCAUUGUCCCCAAUGUCACACUGACCCCUGAUUUAUCCUGUCAGGGUGACCCCCAGGUGACUCUGGCCAUUGUCCCCAAUGUCCCCAAUGUCCCCAAUGUCACACUGACCCCUGAUUUGUCCCCAGGGUGACCCCCAGGUGACUCUGGCCAUUGUCCCCAAUGUCCCCAAUGUCACACUGACCCCUGAUUUGUCCCCAAUGUCCCCUCAGGGUGACCCCCAGGUGACCCCCGCGGCCAUCGAGAGCCUCCUGCACUGCGACCCUGUCCCUGUCCCCAAUGUCCCCAAUGUCCCCAAUGUCCCCAAUGACCCAAAUGUCCCCAAUGUCCCCAAUGUCACACUGACCCCUGAUUUGUCCCCCCAGGGUGACCCCCAGGUGACCCCCGCGGCCGUCGAGAGCCUCCUGCAGAAAUUUGCGGCGCAGGAGCUGAUCGAGCUGCGCCGGGGGCUGCUCCAGGACGGCCCCACCCUGGUGACCUUCGCUGACCACUCCAAACUGUCGGCCAUGACGGGCGUGGUGGCGGCCGAGAAGCGGCGGGCGGAGCGGGACGGCGUGAGUCAGGAGAUCCUGGAGCUGCUCAACACCACCACGGCCAAGGAGCAGUCGAUCGUGGAGAAAUUCCGCUCGCGGGGCCGCGCGCAGGUGCAGGAAUUCUGCGACCACGGCACAAAGGAAGAGUGCAUCAGGGCCGAGGGGGCGGAUCGGCCAUGUCGGAGACUUCACUUCCGUGCAGGAAUUCUGCGACCACGGCACAAAGGAAGAGUGCAUCAGGGCCGAGGGGGCGGAUCGGCCAUGCCGGAGACUGCACUUCCGUGCGGGAGUUCUGCGACCACGGCACAAAGGAAGAAUGUAUCAGGGCCGAGGGGGCUGAUCGGCCAUGCCGGAGACUGCACUUCCGGUCCNGCCCCCCGAGGGGCGUGGCCUCGCGAGCGCUCCCCGCCCCCCGAGCUGCCCCGCGGCCCCGCCCCCGACGCCAGCGCCGACCGCCUCUUCCCGCCACAGUGGAUUUGCUGUGACAUUCGCUACCUGGACGUGUCGAUCCUGGGUAAAUUCGCUGUGGUGAUGGCGGAUCCGCCCUGGGACAUCCACAUGGAGUUGCCCUACGGGACCCUGACGGACGACGAAAUGCGGCGCCUCAACAUUCCCGUUUUGCAGGACGAGGGGUUCCUGUUCCUAUGGGUCACUGGAAG